CGAUUUUCUUUUUCGCUUUUUAGAACCAUACACGAAAUUCUCAAAGCAUCUGAACAUUAUUUAAAACUUCUAAAACAAAAUUUUUAUCCAAAAUGAUGUAACUUAUUAACACAUCAACACGUUUUAUCAACCACAGUUAACCGAUACGUAAGGUAAGCCAAACUUAAUCGAUCUUUAUCGUCACCCUCAGGCUCUCUUAGUUAGCUUAGCUCAGAGAAUUCAAGAGUUUUUUUUUGUGUGGAUAUAUAUAUUUGAUUUUUAAGGAACUUAAACAAACAAAAGAAACCCAUAAUUUAUUGGUUAAAAUUAGAUAAAAUGGUGGCGUGAGAAAGAGGCCCAUUAUCAAGAGCCAAAGGUAUUGCUUUCAAAGUGGCGGUAACUGGUAAGGUUAAUCUCUGUGUGCCUGCCUUCUUCUCAGCUCUUCUCUUUCUACUUCAUUUCCCUUGGUUCCAUGGCCAUGCCCCUAACGCUUCGAUUACUUUAAUUCCAAUAUUUCCGAUCUUUUCGUCUUCGAGUUUCUAUUGAGCGUCGUCAAACCCUAAUUUUGACUUCCGGGUGGAUAAUCCCAAAUCCGUUUCAUAGCUCGAUUUCACUGAUAAAUUUCCGAGCUUUCGGUGUUUUGAUUCGCAUGAGGAUUUGAAUUGACUAGGAAAGAUAAAGAUGUCUAUGGAGAGAUCUUUAGAAGCUUGGGAAGAGGUUCAACGACAUGGACAAGACUUAGCUGAUCGACUUGCUCAAGGAUUUACGGGUUUGAUUCAUAUAAACCCACCUUCGUUUCCAUGGCCGCCGAAUCACCAUCAUCUUCACAAGGCGAAACUGUUCGAUCUCGAGUUCCCAACUCAACAUUUCAGUGUUAUUAAGGAUUCUAGGUUUAGUAUCAACCAACCAAUCAACGGUGUCACAGCGAUUCUCGAUAUUGGGAAUAAGAUAGGUCAAGCUGGUGUUGACUUUGGUGCUGGGUUGAAUGUGAUGGUCCAACAGUUCUUCAGGAGGUUGCCUAUACCGUUCUUACACGAGGAUAAUAACAAGCUUGUUGUCUCUGUGGAUGGUGAUAAGAGUACAAGGAGCCAUAGAGCUUAUGUGAUCACAAAAGGGGAUUUGGGAAUGGCUACAGAACGGUUGAGGGACUCAGGGUUUUCUAAGACAGAUGAUACUGCUUCUGUUACUAUGUCUGAGGAGGAAGUUGCAGAUUCCUAUCUUAGAGCUGCUGGAUUGCUUGGAAGAUCAAAGGGAACAAUUGAUACGUCAUCAAGUUAUGACAGUAGGACAAAUGGUAUGGAACAUUCAUUGGCAGCCAGAGGAGAUCUCUGGAGGGUAGAAGCUUCACAUUCGAGUUCUACUGCAAGCGAUGGAAAUUCGUCUCUCUUUCUUCUCCAACUUGGACCACUUCUCUUUCUACGCGAUUCAACUCUUCUUUUACCGUUACACUUAUCAAAACAGCACUUGCUCUGGUAUGGAUAUGAUAGGAAGAAAGGUAUGCAUUCACUCUGUCCAGCUAUAUGGUCAAAGCAUCGGAGGUGGCUUAUGAUGUCAAUGCUCUCUCUCAAUCCUUUAGCUUGCUCAUUUAUGGAUUUGCAAUUUCCAAACGGGCAAUUGACAUAUGUAUCUGGCGAAGGACUGACGACAAGUGCUUUUGUGCCUUUUUGUGGUGGUCUUCUUCAAGCACAGGGUCAAUAUCCAGGCGACAUGAGAUUUAGUUACUCUUGUAAGAAUAAAUGUGGAACCCGAAUCACACCAAUGGUACAUUGGCCUGAUAAAUCAUUUGGGUUGGAUCUUUCUCAACCCUUGGCUUGGCGUAGAUCCGGACUACUGAUGAAACCGACAAUUCAAGUCAGUGUAUGUCCCACAUUCGGUGGAAGCAAUCCCGGGAUUAAGGCAGAAGUUAUUCACUCGUUGAGCGAUGACUUGAAUCUGAUAUGUGGCUACGCACUCAAUGCACAUCCUUCAGCAUUUGCCUCUGUAGCUUUUGGUCGGUCGAAAUGGAAUGGAAACAUUGGACGCACGGGAAUAGUUGUUAGAGCUGAUACUCCACUUGCAAGUAUUGGCCAGCCUUCUUUCUCUAUCCAGCUUAAUAACGCUUUCGAGUUCUGAAUCUUUCCAAUAUAACAUAGGAGAAAAAAAACUCUGUCCAUUUAGUCGUCAUGUACAUAUAUAUGUUUGAACAGACUGCUUUUAUCCCUCGGUCACUUUUGUAUAUGGUAGUUUACUCAAUUAACCCACAAGACAGUCUCUGUAAUUCCAGCAAAUAUUUUCACCACGUAAAGAUUACAGUUUCACAAUUU